AUGAUCGUGCCGUUUGCGCCGACCAUUAGCGAGCUUCAAGCCAUUCCAAAGCCAUACACCUCACGUCUCGCGCUCGCCGGCUGCGUCUACGUGCUGCUCUCAACCGCCCUCAGUCUCUACUUCCUCGUCGUCGUCUUGCAGCCCAAUAUUGCCAACGACCUCUGGGCCCAAACCUUUCUGGCCGAUAUCUUUCACCGGCGUCUCCAGCUCGCGACAUCGUACUCGAUCCCACUCACCGAGGUCGUUCUCGAGAAGAGCUACGAGGAUGGAGCGAGUACCUUUAUCGAUAUGACGCGCUCGCUCUCACGCCAAGUGCUUUUGGCCAACAUUUCGUUUACCAGCGUUAUCCGUGCGAUACGGCGCACAAGUUUUGAUCGGAACAUGCGCAUGUUCGCACAGUACUGCUGGGUCGACUUGGGUCGCGUCUACGAGCUCUCCACCACCGCGCGUCGCCAAGCUCGAUGUCAUGACACUAUGAUGCACAACGGCGCAGUCUACUGGGAGCCGCUGCUGCGCAACUCGGUAGAGCAAGAUGUUCUCAACGGCUCGUACGGAAACUCGCUCGAGAUCUCGCUUUUCCACUAUAUCCAGAGCUCGCAUUCUGGCGCUGUCUGGCUCGCCUCUCUCUGGGCAAUGCCGUGGCAAUCGAUCCCAGACGAAGUUGCUAUCUGGCACGAGCAUGGCCUGACGUAUUGGCAGACGCAAUUGACCAACUACUAUGAGCAAGGUCUGCAAGAAACCAUUCAAAUCGAGAACGCGCUCGGCCUUCAUACAAGUGUGACGAUCCACACCACGUCUCAAAGUUACCGCGGUCUGGCCGUGUGGUCGCUCUCGGUGGCGUACCAAGGUCUUUGGAACGAUCUCUUCACGUGUCAAGCCAACAAUUGUAGUCUGAUUCGCGGUGCCAGCAACGCGUCCGACGAGAUCAAAUUGCGCUGGGAAGUGCUGGCGUAUGCGCUGCAGGAGGACGCGAUCCUCGGGCCUUUUAUCGAUCUCCAUGUCGGGCCCAUGGGCAGCAUGGACACGGUCCUCGCGAAUAAACCAACAGCACUCGAGACCUACUACCUUGCCUCCAUUCCGUCGGUCACUGUCGACCUUGUCCCUUUGCACUGGCGCGGCGCCAACCUCAGCUACUUUACCGGCAACCCCAUGUGCAACACCAACCGCCCCCAGCCAUUUGUGCAAGAUCAGCUGAGUUUCUACGACGCCUGCUCAAUGCAGCUACCAAGUUUCACGACGUUGUCUCGACAAGCGCUCGUCUUUGCGUGGACGACGCUUCGCUACGCCGACCCAUCGCUCGCAAACGCCAAUACUGCCCAGCUCUGUGCCGCUGUGCUCACUCCGACCAACUACGAGGCGUGUCAAUCGACGCUGGAGACGGUACGCCGGCUCGUCGAGGCUUUUGAGAUGCCUUGGCCGACGCCAUCCAACGACCUCGCAGUGGCCAUGGCGCAGCUCAACGUUACGCUGGUGCAGUUUGCACUCAACGACAGUGUGCCUGUGUUUCUGACGCAAGCCGCUAUCGCACCGUCGGACGCGUUUUCCAUCUUUGGCUGGGCCAUGGUGUACGACUGGCUCGACGGCACGCGGGAUGUGACGACGUUGGAUACGGACACCGGUCUCUUCAACCUCAUGUCGCCGUACAUUGCGCCGACGCCGCUGCCAGCCAAUCCAUUGGAGCUGCCCAAGCAAGCGACCGCCUACAUCUCUAUCAUUAUUGUCUACUCGGCCAUGGUGAUGACGAUCGCGGCAUCCUUGGUGUUACUCUCGGCCUUUCUAUUCAAGCUGCGCAUCCACGGCGUUGAUCUUUGGGCGUUUCACUGGGUCGCGAGUCCCAUGUGGGUCGGACGACCGAUUCUUUUAUGUCGCGGCGCCGCGGCGCUUGUGGUGCUCAGCACCGCGCCCGUGUCGUUUGUCUCGACCAAUGGCAUCUCUCGCUUUGUCUCGACGCCGCGGUCGGUCUUGGAUGUGAUGGUAUUGGCGGGCGAGGUCAAUUGGAUCACCUAUGUACUGGUGGACUUUCUCUUGCCCAUUCUUGGGUCCCGGGCGCGGUGGUAUGCCCUCUUUGGCGCUGCCAUGACGUGGGUGAUCCUCGUUGGCACGGAGCUCUCGGCGCCAUUUGAAGCGAAAAUGACGCUUCAGCAGUCGUGCAACGUCGGCAGCUUUCUGCGCUUUUGCCUCUCGGCGGGUCUGCCGUUGAUGUCGCUCUGUUUGGCGUCCAUGGUCUUGCAUCUGUGUCGCUGUGAGGUACUGAAGCACCGCGCGACGCGAUCCAACGACCUUUUGCCCGCCUCUGCACAAGUGUUUUUGAGUGCGAGUCAAAGCCCCACGUGGUUUCGCGACCCGACAACGGCGCUCAUGGCGGGUAUCCUGCCGUUCGGUCGACGCUACUUUCAUGUCAACCUCUGGCAACUCGUGCGGUUGGGAACCACACUGGACUUUAGCCGAAACCCAUUGUCGUCCUCGACAAAACGAAGCACCAAGCGACGCUAUGUUACGCUACUGACCAUCCUCGGUAUCCUCUACGUGCUCCUCUCGGUCACCGGCAGCUUUCUCUACAUCUAUGUCUCGACGGACGCCAUGACCAACGACUUUUGGUGGGCCUCGUUCAACACGUCAGGUCACGGCACGUUUCUCGCGACCCUCUUCACCCAGCAGCUCCAGACCACCGGUUCGAUGCCACAUCUGGAUCUGACCAAGCGCGACUGGAGCGACAACUCGAACCGGUACAAUAUGUCGGCCACCUCGUUCUCGGUCCCGAUGCUGUACGCGUCCAUGGUCCAGAACGAGGUCAACACACUUGAGGUGGUCAUUGACGGUCUGCGCCGCAUGAACGGAUGCCUCUUGCCAUGGAUCGCGACGGCCUACUGCUUCGUCGACUUGAAUCGAACGUGGGAGCUGGCCGUGUCGGCGUACCGCCAGUCGGUGUGUGAGAAGGCGAAUGGCGCCGUGUAUCUGGAGCCGAUCCUGCGCAACGGCAACCCAGUCGAUCUGGAGACAUGCUGGGGCGAGUCGCUCGCAUCCAGCGUCUUUGACUAUCUCGACACGACGCAGUCGGGUCAGCUGUGGCGGCAGUCCCUCCGUGCGCCUCGUCUCUCGAUUGCUGACGAAGCAGCCUACUGGCGACAGCACGGGCUCCGAUUCUACGAAACGCAGUGGCAAAACUUCAAGUCGCUCGGCGUCAUCGAAACGUACUCGGUGGCCAACGCACUGGGCUUUGCCUACCCGUUGACGAUCAAGUCGUCGAAUGGGUCGCUGCACACGACGCAGCAGACGUCGUUCAAGAUGCAGUGGCCGCUCGCGAGUCUCCUGUGGGCCAUUUCCGCCAACAGCAGCGGCCUCUCUGGCAGCAGUCUCGUGCGGCAGAGUCCCCGCUUUGCGUUUGCCAAUCAAACGAUCGCAUCGAUCUUGGCCAGGAACGGGUCCUUGAGUGUGCCGCUCGAUAUCUCCUUCGGCAUUGUGGAACGUACGCUAGGACCGUUUGGCACGAUUGGAAUGCGCCGCGUGGCCUUUCCACCGGUCUUGGUCCAGUGGAGUCGCUUCUUGACAGCUCGUUUCAGUGCGGAUAUGGUGCACGCCAGCGCCGAGGCCAUCGCCGCCUACGAGGCGUUUCCUGGCGAUGUCACACUGCCCGUCUGGCCCACGGCGUGGGCCUACGAGACCUUUGUUGGCGGCGACAUCAUGUGUCCGACGCAAUCGAUGCUGACAUCCAUGUGCAUCCUCUACUCGAUGCAAGGCGCGUGCUCGGUCAACAUGCAAGAUGUGGUGAGUAUCGACCUGAGCACGAGCAGCCUUGCGCUGUUGGCGACAGAGACAUGCCUCGUGCUUCUCGGUGCGGCCAUGGCCUUUCUCGACACGCGAUAUACGCUCCACGACCGUAUCGAGAUCGCCAAUGCGUCGACGGCCAUCGCAACGUACUUUGCAACGGAGCUGCCGCUGGUGCUGCUUCAGUUUCUUCAACAACCCAACGAGACGACGAUGCUCCUCGCGCAGUCGUUGCUACUCGACCCCAAUGACGUCGGGUUUCAUGUGUUUGGAUACCUCUACCUCCUCGAGUGGCUCCAUGGGGUGCGUGAAGUCGUCACCUUUAACGGUGUCCAUGGCGACAUCACGGCGCUCUCGGGCCGCAACGCCGUGCACAAAGGACCCAUCAACCCGCUCGAAGUCCCGGUCAACGUUGCCUACUACGCCCGCUGCGUUCUUCUCUAUGUCUCGGGGGUUCUCUUCAUUGUCUCAGCGACCGCGUCAGGCUACAUUGCGGUUAGCCGCGGCCACAUUGAAGGUCGGAAUAUGCUGGCGCUGAACCGUGUCACGGGCCUCGUCUGGAUCGGCCGCCCGCUCAUUUUUCUACGAGGGAUCACCGCCAUCUGCCUUUUGUCCACCGCCAAGCUCGACCUUGCACAAGCCAAUGGCUUCUUCUACAUUGUCGCGAUACCGCAGUCGUGGUUCUCAACGAUCAUGGCGGCUGGCGAAACGACGUGGCUCGUCUUCAUCCUCAACGACACCUUCUCGGUGUGGACGCAGCAGUACACGCCGUUAUACGCAGCGCCAAGUAGUGUCUUGGUCUGGGCAGCGUCUGCCAUCUGGUCGUUGGUGUCACCAGUGAAGCACUCGGCGCGCUUGCAGCGGUCGUGCGCCGUGCCGAUUGUGGACAUGCAGCUCGUUUGCGACAGCGGCGUCGUGCGCAUUGGAGACCCGACGCGCAUGUCCGGGCUCUUGGUGUUGCCCCUUAUUGUCGUCGCUGCUACGUACCUGCUCCAGCGAGUGCGUUACCACGGUCGAGAGGAGAGUGGUUUGCGUUCGCAUCUCUUGUACGUCACGGCGUUCCACCACUUUGCACAAGAUGGCUGGGUACUCGACGGUGUCUACUGCGUCGAUCGCGCGUCGGCAGCGAUCAACGGCGUGCUCACGCUGCGCCUGCCGCGGACACGCAAGACCGUGCUGCUGGAUAUCAAGACGUGGCGACUCUUUCAUGUGAACGCGGCUCCAGGUAUCGACGAUGCACCGCACUUGCGGCAUGCGAUUCCACUGCGAUAA